AGAAUAUCCCAUCUGCUUGCUUCCAGGCUCUCCCUGCCUGUCAAUAAAGCCACAUAGUGCAGUAUGUAUCAUCUUCAAGGAAUUGUUAGGGCACUAAUCAGUGUGCCCUGAUGAGUCCUGGUCUGUGCUGCUCUGAGUCUGCUGUUGCUGGUCACUCUCUGACCAUGUGACCUGUUCCUGGUCUUCCUCUGACCUGCUAGGUCUGACCUGACCCUGGGUUCUUGGUUUUUUGGUAAAAAAGAAAAAAGAAAGCUCUCAGCCGUUCUACAUUCUAGUCCAACAGGUGGCGGCAAUGCGUGCACCUGCAGGAACCUUGCCAAGAAGAAGAGAAAAAAGGAAGAAGAACAAGUAAAAAGUUUGUGCUCUUUUGGUCUUUAUUGGAUAUUCCCUAACGUCGUAUGUCCUUGUAAGCACUUAUAGAAUUUGCAGCCAAGCAAUUUCUCUGUUUUAGAUGCAACAACAGCCGGAGAGCGACCUGUUAGCAUCCGAGCUAACUGGGAAGCUAACUCCCGAAUACAACAUGCAACCUGUUUGCUUUUGGAGAAAAGGACAGCAGGAGUUUACUCGGAGAAUACUGGACAUUUAUUGAGUGCUGCACCGUUUCCAGCACAUUCUAUUACCAAGAAGUUCAAGAUAGUCCGCAUCAUGUCAACAUUUACUUGGGAGGUUGUUGAUGAUCACUUUCUCAUUAACAAAGAGGGAAACUUCCUUCCUAACCAGAAGGUACCAGAUGACAGAGAGAGAAAAGAAGAAGGGUUACCAGAACCGCGGAUGAUGUUAGAGAUAAAAGAGGAAGGAGACAAACAGGUAGAACUGUUUCGUGAUGCAGAGCAGAUUGUGGUGAAACAGGAGGUGGACACCUUUACGGUGACUUCUUCUCAUCAGGAAAAUGACAACACUGAACUGGAUUCAUGGACAGUUAAGGAACCUCAACAAGUCAAGGAAGAGCAGGUUGAACUGAGCAUAUCUCACAAUGAAAAGCAGCUUGUAGUAAAGCAGGAAGCUGACACCUUAAUGGCACCCACUUAUGAGGUACUACUUCACAGAAAACCAGAACUUCAGCAGAUGAUACAGGCGAAGGAGGAACUGGAACCUGUAGAGAUUAAAGAGGAACAGGUGGAUCUUUGGAGUAAUCAUGAUGAAGAGCAGCUUCUGACGCAGGAAAUUAAAGGAAAAGACGUUAACAAGACAAAUAACAAAGACAAUAAAAAAGCAAUGCAGAUUCAACUUCUCUCUACAAAUUCAUCUGAAGAUGAGAAUCACCAUCAGCAAGAAAGCAACCAAAGUGAGCAGCUGUUUACUUGCAAAAUUUGCAGGAAAUCCUUUGAAAACCGCAGUUGUUUGGCUGAUCACACAAGAAGUCACUCAAGUGAAAAAUCUUUCCAGUGUCUGUCUUGUGGAAAAGCUUUUACCAAACAAAAUAACCUGGCUGUCCACAUUAGAACGCACACAGGCGAGAAGCCUUUCUCAUGUCCCACUUGUGGAAAAGGUUUUACCCAGAAAGGUAACUUGAGCGUUCACAUGGCGACCCACACAGGUGAGAAGCCUUUCUCUUGCCCAACUUGUGGAAAAGAUUUUGCUCAGAAAAGUAACCUGCACAUUCACAUGAAAACCCACACGGGCGAGAAACUGUUUCCUUGUGAGCUGUGCAGCAAAUCUUUCAGCUUUGGUUGUCAGUUGGCUACUCAUAUGAGAAGUCACACAGGUGAGAAGCCUUUCCUGUGUGUGGCGUGUGGAAAACGUUUCUCCAAGCAAAAUUAUUUGACUGUCCACAUGAAAAUCCACACAGGUGAGAAGCCUUUUUGCUGUCAGACUUGUGGAAAAAGUUUUACCAAGCAGUGUAACUUGACCGUUCACAUAAGAUGUCACACAGGUGAGAAGCCGUAUCCUUGUGAAGUGUGUGGCAAAUCUUUUAUCAACAAAAGUCAUUUGACAAAUCAUAUGAGAACUCACACAUGUGAGAAGCCUUUUUCGUGCCUGACCUGUGGAAAGAGUUUCACCAAACAAGGUAACUUGACUGAUCACAUAAGAAGUCACACAGGUGAGAAGCCGUAUCCUUGUGAAGUGUGUGGCAAAUCUUUUGUCAACAAAAGCCAUUUGACCAAUCACCUGAGAACUCACACAGGUGAGAAGCCGUACGAUUGCAAGCUGUGUGGUAAAUCUUUUACAGACUGCAGUAGUAUAGCUCAACAUAUGAGAACCCACACAGGUGAGAAACCGUAUACUUGUGAAGUAUGUGGUAAAUCCUUUAGAAACAGUAAUCAUUUGGCUUGUCAUAUGAGAACCCACACUGGUGAGAAACCUUUUUCAUGUCCAAUCUGUGGUAAAAGCUUUACCCAGAAAGGUAACUUGAGUAUUCACAUGAGAACUCACACAGGUGAGAACUCCCACAGGUGAGAAGGCAUAUCCUGGGAAUUCCAUAGUAAAUCCUUCUUUUCAACAUGUGUAUAAUCAAUGUCUGUCAUAUGCUAAAAAAUUAACCCAUAAAAAAAUGCGUGUGUGAACAUUGUUAAAAGUGUGCUUUCUAUUAUUGUUUGUUGUCACAGCAAAACUUGCAGAUCCUGAAAACAUAAAUGUAUCACAACCGG